AUGGGGGAUGAAAAUUUUACAAUUGAAUUAUCAUCGUCCUCUUUGGAUCUAGUUAAUUUGGAGUAAAGAAUUACCUUUAAACUGUCUCUAAAUCUUAUCAUAACUUGGAUUUUUUAUGGAGAUAAAAUAAUUGGGUUUAAAAUUGAAAAUCUUUAGAUUGAGGGGACAACAGAAGAUAUGAUUAAAUUAAAAAUGAGCUUAGGGUGUCUUGUUACGUUUAAGGGAAUUUUAAAAUUUUAUACUUUUCAAUAAACUAUUUAUCUAAACAAAAACAAUAUAACUAAGGUAUGAUAGAAUAAUAAGACAUAGAUUUGUUAAUUGAAUAGUAAUAGAAAUUAUAGGAUUUAUGCCUGCAAAUGUUAUAAGAAAUGUAAUCGAUCAAUAGAGUCUAUUCAUGAUGAAAUACACUUAUUACUAAAGAUGUAGGGUCAUAGAUUUAUUCCAAUGAUUUAUGAAGUAUACGAGUCUGAAUCAUGCAUUUAUUUAAUAAUGGAACAUUUGUAUAGGUAUUUUGAUGAUGAUUUUACAGAUGAAGAGGUAAAAAUCAUAGUUUAUGUAAAUUUUAUAAUUACAUAAGAACUUGCUAUUAUCAAUUAAAAGAUUAGAAAAACUAUCCAUAGCGCAUAAAAGUAUUUCUCGAUCUCAUAUAAUGUUUGAUGAAGACAAUUAGUUAAAACUAAUCGGAUUUAGUAAUGCAGUUAUCCAAAAUACAACAAAUCAUGAAUUUGAGCUGGACAUUUUUAAAGUAGGAACUUUAAUGUAUAAAUUGUAUUAAUUUAUAAAAUAAUAUUAGCUAUAAAAGAAAUAAUUUAGAUGAGAAAGAAGAAUCGCUUGAAAUUCCAGAUUCUGGAAGCGACCUGAUGAAAAAUCUCCUUGAAAAUCAAUAAUUCUAUAGAUUCAAUAUUGACUCAGCCUUAUAACAUCCAUAUUUUAAUUCCUUAAAUGGAGAUGGAAUUGAAUAAUGUAGUUUGUCAUUAUAUUUAAGAAUUCUAUUCGAUGAAUCCUAAAUUUAAAAAUAAAAUUGAUGAGACUUCGUCCUUUCAAACUAAAACUUUUGAAAACACUCUAUUAUCCUAAAUCAAAUAAUAAUAUCUUCCAGGAGAUUUGUCAACAGAUUUAUAAAAUUGA